AUGUCUUCGGAAAGCAAACCCAUUUUUCGGGAAUACAUUAUUGGUCACAAGCCAGGCCAAGAAUUAGAUCGUUUCCCAGUUGAAAUCAUCGACAAAAGAAUCCACGAUUUCCACUUUAUCUUGGCCUUUGCCGCGGACGACUACGUGGAGGAUCCUACCACCAAGAAGAGACAAGGUAAGGGAAAUUUCAGUCGAGACUGGAACACUGAGAUCUUCAAUGCUGAAAGUGUGAGAAGGCUAAAGCAGGAUUACCCGAACGUGAAGGUGGCAAUAAGCUUUGGAGGUCAUGGCAGUCAGUUUCCAUUCAAUCCUCUAAACAGAGAAGUAUGGAUUGACAAUGCCAAGAAAUCACUGUCAUAUAUCCUCUUAGAGGACUUCAAGGGUCCUUUGGGAAGUUUGAUUGAUGGCAUUGAUGUCUACUAUGACUACAUCGAAUCCAGUGAAGACGACUUUGCCUACUCCAUAGGCAAAGUCAUAGACCACCUCAAAACCCUCCUCAAUGGAUUCGUGGUCUCACUUGCUCCAUCACACUCUGUCCUUUCCCACUACGAGAGGCUGUACAAGGCUAACACGCACCGUGUUCGCUGGGUCAACUACCAGUACUACUAUCAGCCAGUCCCCACCACACCAGAAUUUGUGAACCUCCACAAAACCCUAAUAGACAUCUUCGGUUCUAAAAAUCUCUUGGCAGGGUACAGCACUGAUCCAAAUGAAAGGAGUAAGAUACCACUGGAGGUCUUUAUUGAGGGUUCCAUACAACUCAUCUCAUCUGGUUUACUCCCUGGACUCUUUAUUUCCGAUGCUCAGUCCUCCGCCAACUCUGACCCCCACUCUACGCUGAGGAGAAGGCACAGAAACUCCUCACUCCAUCUCACUGAUUGCCUCCACUCUUCGCUUUUUCUGUAA